CCUCCCACUCCUCCUCCCUCCUCCUUCUUCUUCCCUCCUCCACACACGUCACUUUAACAUGCACUUCAACUAAAACACACCACUUGAAGCACACACCCAAACACUCUCACAUUAUUUGUUGUCUUUCCGUCGCAUUGAUUGUUGUUUGUUUGUCAUGUCCAAAUGUUGCACCUUCCACCAAAAAAAAUUCCUCGUUUGUUUGUGAAAACAUUCUUUGGCAAUAAACCUGUUUCUGAUUCUGAUUCUGAUCAUACUAAAUGUGAUGUUUCUGUGGUCACCUUUAUCUUCAUUAGUGAAGGCUUGUAAUAUCUGGCCACAUGGACUACCGUUGAAAUUUCCACUGACACUUUUACCCCUGGGUUGAUUGACGUGUACGGUCCCUGUUCAAAUAAAUAAAUGAAAUAAAAUAAAAUAAAUAGCGGGACCCUGAAACUAAGGCAGCUAAAUUAACCAUCUUUCAUUUUAUUAUUCACACCUCAUUUUCUGUGACACGUCUUCUUUGGGUCUAUUGUUGUUCUCCUUCAUAAUAAUAUAUUAGUUCAGAUAGCUGCACUGUGUAAACAUGUCGAAUUUUGAAGCAAGCAAUCGCAUGGGAACACUUCUUUUAGCAGAAAAUAAAAUAUAUAAAGGCAUUGAAGCUGUGUUAUUUGUCUUGAACCCCAUGACCUCAAUGGACAAGAAGCAGGUUGAUCUUGCGAGACAUGGCAAAGAGUAACCAGAGACAUACAGAUUCACCACACACUCUCAUAAUGGGGUCAUCGGGUUCGAUCAGGAGCUGCAUCAGAAUUAUAUAAUACUAAGUAUAUAAUACCGGUGAUGCAAAGUGGAGAAGCCAUAAAACUGCUCCUGUUCAAGACUUUUAUCGCACAAGUGUCUGGAGAAGACAAUCCGUACGGGUUCACUCUGGAUCCGACUGAUGCGGAGGAUCAUGUGCCACAGAUUCCUCUGCAUCGUGGAGGCACUACAGACCACGUGAGAGACAGACCCACCGCGGCUCUCCCGCAGAGCGACUCAUCUCCGCCGGCACUGCGCUGCUGACAUGGACUCCUGGACACGUUAACCCAGUUAAAGGGCGCUAUGGCUUGGCCGUGCAUCAGCAGAGUGUGCUGCCUGGCUCGAUUCUGGAACCAGUUCGACAAAUCGGACCUCUCCGUCCCGCUCACCAUCCAGAACUACUCGGACAUCGAGCAGGAGGUGCGGUCCGUCACCAAACAGGUCUCCGCCUCGGAGCGCGCGCCCGGGAAUAACUACUCGACCCCGGAGCAGCCUGCCGCCGGCGCCCCUCCUCCGGGGAGCCGGGGCUCUUUCAGGGCACGAAAGGAGCCCAGUUACAAACCCCGGGAGGAUUACCACCCUCCAGAAGUGCCUUUCCCCAGUGUUACGCAGUACGCACGGGAUUUCAAACCCUGGCCCAUUCCCAGGAAGGAUAAUUUCCCUUGGAUUAGUAACGGGGGCAGCAGGGCAGCCGGAGUUUCGGACAGUUACCACAUCCAGGCACACCCGGGGGACCGAGAGGAGCGGGGUCGGGGGCAGAGGUGGGGAGAUCAGCCGGUGAUGGAGGAGAGCAAAACCGGCUCACACAGGCAAGAGUACAGGCCAUCGACGGGGGUGAGACCAGCCAAGGGUGCGAGGAAAAAUACUCCAGCUCAAUACCCCAGCCCAGGGACAGAGGCCACCCACAUCCUGUGUGAGACCAGCUACCAGGCUGCCUACAGUGGGCAGGGCCACAGAUCCAGAGGACUGCAUCAGGGGGGAAACGAUAUCACAUCAGCUGCCUCCUCCAUCCAACCUGCUGCCGGACCCCAGCCCACCCCCACUGCUACAGCCGGCUGGUCACCCAUCCCCUCCAGCCUCCAGCAGAGCGUCCCGCCUGAGAUGACCGAGUUCAGUAGAACAAUCAACGGAGAGGAACAUCUGGUGCGGACCAAAUUCCCUCCGAACUCGUCUGCCGUCUUUCAAAGCGGGCCGAGGGUCUUCAACAUCUGACAGCUGCUCCGACUUCCAACCAGCCCACUUUGAUCGGUUUUAAGGAAUUAACGGAACACGAGAAUCUAUGCAAGGGGAAGUACGUUGUUGUGGAGCUGCAGGAUCCCACGUGGAGGCCGAUAGAUACAGGAGACCCCCCCCCCCCCACACACACACACUUACACUCUGUCCUGCCCCCGCUCUAUAGAAAUGAACUGCAUGUAAAACAAGAUAUUUUGGGUUUUUGCCGUUAUAGAUGCACAAAAAAACGGGCUGCUCUUUGAGACUGUGUGUGUGUGUGUGUGUGUGUGUGUGUGUGUGUGCUUCUGCUGAUUUGACCUUUGUUGUACAGAACAUUGAGUGCGCUCGUAUAAUGAAUGGCAUGGUUGGUCGAAUGCAGAAGUUUAGACUCUUUUGCCCUUUGGUGUUCUGCUCGAAAUCUGCUAGAAAAUAAGUUAUUUAUUUCCUCAGUAUUCAAUGAGUUUACUAUUUUGAAAAAGUAUUGUACGGUCUGUAUUUUGUAAAUCUAUUGUUAAAGAAAAUACAUCAAAUAUAUAAUGUAAGUGAGAUUACAAUAAAAGAAUAUUAGGUUCUUAACACUUUC